AUGGAAAGAGACAAUGACAGCUACCAACAGGCAUUCAUCCUGGUGGGCUUUUCUGAUCGGCCUCGACUGGAGAGAAUUCUCUUUGCUUUUAUCUUGGUCUUCUACAUCCUGACCCUAGUGGGCAACACUGCCAUCAUCCUCUUGUCCAUCCUGGACUCCAGGCUCCAUACACCCAUGUACUUCUUUCUUGGGAACCUGUAUUUCUUGGACCUCUGCUUUACAACAAGCAUUGUUCCCCAGCUGCUGUGGAACCUGUGGGGUCCAGAGAAGACCAUCAUCUACCAUGGCUGUGAGGCCCAACUCUACAUCUAUAUGGUGCUGGGCUCGACCGAGUGUGUUCUCCUGGCUGUCAUGUCCUAUGACCGCUAUGUGGCUGUCUGCCGGCCCCUGCACUACACUGUGGUCAUGCACCCACGUCUCUGCCUGCAGCUGGUGACCAUGGCCUGGUGCUGCGGCUUUCUGAACUCCUUUGUUAUGUGUCCCCAGACGAUGCAUCUCUCUCGAUGUGGGCGUCACAAGGUGGACCGCUUUCUGUGUGAGAUGCGUGCUCUGAUUGCCAUGUCCUGUGAAGACACCAUGCUGGUGGAAGCAUCUGCCUUUGCCCUGGGGGUCGCUCUUCUCCUGGUGCCCCUCUCCCUGGUCCUCACCUCCUACGGCAUGAUCACUGCUGCCGUGCUGAGGGUCAAGUCAGCGGCAGGACGGAAGAAAGCCUUCCACACCUGCUGUUCUCACCUAACGGUGGUCAUUCUCUUCUAUGGAACCAUCAUCUACAUGUACCUGCAGCCAGCCAACAGCUACUCCCAAGAUCAGGGCAAGUUCCUCACUCUCUUCUACACCACCGUCACUCCAGUGUUAAACCCCCUCAUCUAGACUCUGAGGAACAAGGAUGUGAAAGGAGCAAUGAGGAAGCUCCUGGGGUGGGAGAAGGGGGCCAAGGAAACCUAAAAGAGAAAUGUUAGGGCACUAUAAGUUGAUGUUCUGGAUUCGCCCUCUUGUAUAUGUCUCAACCAUGUGGAGAACUAACAUUUAAAGAGUGAAGUGAACACGGAAACCACAAUGCUUUUGAGUUUGACCCCAUGUUCCACUCCAUGGAUGUGAAGUGGUUUCCUUCUGUUUAAA